AUGUGCUUCUCGUUCUUCUCAAAAGUAGCAGUCUUACUCGUUGCUCUUAUCAUACAAAUGAGUGGAGUUGUCUCAGUAGAUAAUCUUGCAUUACAUGCAAUCAAAUCCGAGAUUACAGAAGACCCUCAAGGUGUUUUGAGUUUUUGGAAUGAUUCUCUUCCUUUUUGGCGAGGAGUCAUAUGUGGUAGUCUCCACCAAAGAGUCACAGGUUUGAAUCUAGCGAACAGAGGCUUAGUAGGUACUUUAUCUCCUUCUAUUGCCAACCUCAGCUUCCUCAGGUACAUUUAUCUUGAUAACAACAAACUUCAUGGAAGUAUACCUCCUGAAAUCGGUAGCUUAUUUCGAUUAGAAUCACUAUCCCUUCCUAAUAAUUCAUUCACUAAAGAAAUCCCCAACAACAUAUCAAAUUGUACAAAACUACUACACAUUGAUUUAUCUGGGAAUAUAGCAAUCAAAUGUAGCAAUCAAAGUAUUAAAUCUCCAACGAAGAGGAGGUUCCAAGAGUUUUAUAGCUGA